GCGGCUUUGCACACCUUCGUCAUUCUCAGGCGGGUUGGUCAGUGUGUCACAAACAUGGGUUGGAUGUGGAGUUACUACAAACAUUGCUUGUGCCUCACCGCAGUGGCCGUCCUCUCCACAGUGGUGGAGGGACAAGGCUACUUCGGGACGAGGAUUGGCCGCCUGUCGGAGCUGCAGCAUCAAGUCAAAGGAGAAGUGUACGCGGUCGACUCACGUACGAUUCACAUCAAAGGGUUCUCAUAUGAUGGCACGGCCCCUGAUGCUUUCUUCUACGCUGGAUCAUCUGGUCGACCCAGUGAAUCCGGAUUCAUUAUUCCAGACGAGAACGGAGGAGUGAAGCCACUCGGACGCUACCGCAACCAGGCGGUCACUUUGACUCUUCCCGAUGGAAAGACUUUCAAGGACAUUCGCUGGUUUUCAGUUUGGUGCAGAGCCUUUACGAUCGACUUCGGCAGCAUCACCAUACCCACGAACCUGGACUACCCAAGACCGCAGAAGAUCGAUGCCCUCCCUACCCUGGAGCAUGGAGUGUCUUCAGACAGGAUCGUGGUUGUGGAUGCCCAGACUUUCCUCAUACCCAACUUCAGUUAUGAUGGCGCUGCCCCUGACGGUCACUUCUGGGUCGGCAAGGGCACCGCACCUGGACCUAAGGGAACAGUGGUACCUGACGAAAACGGAUCAGAGGAGCCCUUGAAGCGCUACUCGAGCAAGACCAUCGUCAUCACCCUCCCAGGAGACCUGACAGUCUUCGACAUCGACUUCCUCAGCGUCUGGUGCAAGGCCUUCUCCGCCAACUUCGGCCACGUCCGUAUUCCCAAGAGCCUCAACGUUCCUCCCUCUCUCAAGAUGUUGGGCGUAGCUCCACAGACCAAACUGAACUGCGAAGUCCUGUGGGACGACUUGGCCUUCGAGGUGAGGUGGGCCGUUGCAGGGGAAUCCAUUGUUAUGCAGCUGGUUGGCAGAAUCACUGAUGGACAGUACAUGGCCUUUGGACCCUCCGGAGCAAUUAGUCGGUCGGUUAUGAUUGGCGGAGACGUCGUGGUAGCAUGGCUGGACCAGGCCACGGGUCGUGGGGAGGCCAAGGACUACGCCCUCACUGCCAAAGCUCAGUGCCAAGGAGGAAGAGGGGCGUGCCCUGAUGACAAGGUUCAGGGUAGCAACAACAACGUGAGGCUAUUGAAUGCAGCCUUGAUCAACGAUUUCACAAUGCUGACAUUCCAACGUCCUCUGAGGGGCGUUGACGCAUCAGAUGUCGGAAUCCUCACCAACGGGUCUCAGGCUGUCAUUUGGGCUAUAGGCCCCGUUAACUCUCAAGGAGACACGUCUUAUCACACUCUGAGAUCAAGAGGUGACAUGUUUGUGGACUUCGGCCGAACCCCACGUUGGAAUUGUCCUCUGCCAGAAGAACAGGGAAGCAAUACUGGUGGACCAGGACCAGUUGCUCAGAGCAGUGGUCCUAGUGCGCCUCCUACUGCAAAGCCUGCCAGCAAUCCCUGGUUCAUCCCACCAAUCCCAUGCUAUGAACCAGAAGAUGGCGUGUUCUAUGCCCAGAUUGGACCUACUGGAGGUGACAAUGGAUACAACUCUAUCACAGGACAUGUUGGCUGGGGUAUCGCUUGGUACAUCAAUGGUCUGUUGAUUCCCGAGAUCAAUGUGGUGAGGGGCAAGACCUACACCUUUGUUAUCGAGGGAGGCUUCGACCCAGAGCAUCCUGCACGUUACCACCCCUUCUACAUCACUGACGAUCGUGAGGGCGGAUAUGAAUUCAAGACUCCAGCUGAACGCAGUAGGAUCAGAGUAUUUGCCGGUGUUGGUCAAGACAGAGAUGGCUCUCCAGUUCCCACGGCAUAUGGUCGCCUUUGCGAAUGGGUUGAAGAUCCAAACCAGCCUUCAGGAGCUUUUGAAUCCUUCGGGGCCUACCAAAGAACGCUUCAGCUUAACUGUCAAGAAGGACAACCUGGAAUCUUGCAAUGGACUCCAGAUUCAAAUACUCCUGAUACUGUUUUCUACCAGUGCUACACUCACCGCUUCCUCGGAUGGAAAAUAAACGUUGUGGAUCAGUGCAAUGAACAAAUAGCUGCCGGAAGUGAAAACAGACCUACUGUCGUUUCAGCACCGGAUCCAGAAAAUGAAGACCUAACUGCAGCAGCAUCAGCCCAAGUGUUUUCAUCAGAUGGUCGACCUCUACCUCCCGACAGCGUACCAGAAGCUCCCCGGUUGCCUACUAGACCUCGAAGACCAUCUCAUCAGAUAACAAAUCGUCCACAGGUUGUUCCGUUUAGAGGUCCGCUACCUCCACCAGUGCCAUCACAAGUACCUAAUCUGACACAGUUUAAUCGUCAGAGACGCCCAGUCAGCAGGCCUACAACAGUCCCGCCACCUCCAUUGGAAGAAGACUUCCUUAAUCCUGGUAGACUUGCAACAGCAGGUAGUAACCAGCAACCCGCUGUAGUUGCACAUGUAGAAGCUCCAGUGGUCGCUUCAGCACUUUUACCACAUCAGCAAUUAACAGCUGAUGUUGGAAAGAAUGAAGUGGUCACUAUCAACCAAGAGCAUCCAUCGACAGCCGAAGCGUACGCACCAGCAAGAUCAGCCAUCACACACAGACCCAGUCCAGCAGAAAUGUCUACGAACAACAACAUAACUCGGAUUAAUAUACUGAAGGAUGUGUGGACUAUCCUCACCAUGGAGGACCCUGACCUGAAGCCAAAACAUCCGAGAGAUGAUGCUCACCCAGAUCAUGAUCAUGACCACGACCAUCUUGGCAGAGACGAGAGAAAGAAGAGAGACACAAGGGAUGUCAAGUCAGCUGGAAGUGUAACGAAGUCUUCUAUCUCUUGUCUCAUUAUUCUCAUGACCCUUGCUUUAGGAAGGUGAAGUCUUUGAUAUUGGAGAGUUACUCAAAAACUAAAUCCACUAGCUUUUGUAGCGUUGUUCAUACAUAGCCUUAACUGCAAUUGUUAAACGUACUAAAAAUUGUGUUGAAAGUUUUGGUACUGUAAUGUGUGAAUUAAAUGCUUCCAUACUCAGCAGUUUUGUCUUGUCUAGUGAGGUGUAAUGCUUAUAUUAGUUAUGAAUUGCUGAAGUACAUUACUGCAAUGGUCUAAAUACAGGUGAAGCCAUUCAUGUCAUGACUUGAUAAUGUGUUUGUACAAUGGGUAAGCGUUGGCUACAGUUCAAGUUUAUGAAUAAAACCCGUCAAAAUGAUGAAAGCUUAAACCACAGAAUAUGGUGAACUCCGUAUUAAUAGCUGGCAGUUGUGUGAGGGUUGUUACAGUAUUUCAUAAAUGUAUUGUGAUAAGUGCUAUGAACCAGUGUAAAUACAAUAAGAUUUGAGCGUUUGUACAGAUGAGAAAGAGCUGAUAAGAUUUGUCUAAAGACAUAAAGUAUGAUUGUUUGUGUGUAACCUUUAUGCCUGAAUAAUAA